GAAGAAAAUGAAGAAGAAGAAGAAGAAGAACAACAACAACAACAACAACAACAACAACAACAACAACAAUAAAAUAGCAGCUCCUCAUCCACUAUAACAAACGCGGACGAUAUCUCGAUUCAGCAGGCCAUGUUCGAUCGAAGAGAGAGAGUAAGAGAGGUUAAAUGAGAGCGAGAGAGAGAGAGAGAGAGAGAGAGAGAGUGAGAGAGAGACUAGACUCGAUAGGUAGAAUCAAUCGGUAAUUCCGAUCUAGGAUUUCUUUCUCGUUUCACAGCUCGAUGAACAAGGGAACUGAUGUAUUUUACCACCCAUCCACCUCUUUUUCCUCUCUCAUACACUUGCCCAACCCUCUCUCUUUCUCUCUCUCUCUCUCUCUCUCUCUCUCUCUCUCUUUCCAAACCUCCUCUCACUCCUUUCCCCCUUGUCCCCCUUCUGCCCACUAUCACUCCGUUCACGAUGCGCGGUUCCGAUCAACGCGUAGAAUAUCCUAGAGAGGUGGUAUGGAUGUAGCUUCUGUGACGUAGAGAGAAAGGAUUUCGUAUCAGUUCGCCACGGACUAUCUCAGGAUCAUCAUGACAGGGAUAACAAGGAUCGAGGAUAGAUCUCACGUUGAUUCUUCCUCUAAAAGAAAGUCAUACGAAUUGGUCGAUAGGGAUCUUAAUUCGAUCAUUAAGAAAAUCGAGGAAGUUAACGUAUUGUCACGUGCUAUCGUACUUUUGCGUGCGAAUACGCGACGUAAAUCGAUUGGAAUAAGGAUAAGGGGUAAACACCUGUGGAUCCUAUGCUUACUAUUGCUUUGGCUCGUUGGAUCGUUCGUUUGGAAAUAUGUCCUAUCGACAUAUCGUUACGACAAGUGCUUAGUGGAAUUUCCAAUAUUAACUCAGAAAAUAUUUCGGCCGCCGGAAGAUUGUUCGAUAUGUUGGGACGUACAAAAUGUCGAAAAGAUAUCGAACGUUGAUCCUGUGCAUUUUGAGGAACGUUAUGCAUAUUCUGGAAGACCGGUUAUAAUAAUGGACGCUAUGACCAAUUGGACGGCGACAAAAAUCUUCAGUUAUUCUUUUUUUAAAUCCCUUUACGGGGGCGAACAAGCUGGUUGUCAAUUUUUCCCUUACAAAACCGAAUUUCGAAGUUUAUUGGACGUUUUCAAUAUGAGUCAAAGUCGAUCUCUACUCGAAGCUGGUACGAAGCCUUGGUACGUUGGUUGUGGGGAUUGGUAUGGGGAAUUAAUGUGGAUUCGUAGGAGCAAUUGCGAUGGUAAAAUUGGCACCGUGCUCAGGCAACAUUAUCAAAAACCAUAUUUUCUACCACCUACCGCAGAAAGUGAGAAAACGGAUUGGAUUUUUAUGGGUAGCCAUGGUUAUGGGGCACCGAUGCACGUCGACGAUGUCGAGCAUCCUUCAUGGCAGGCACAAAUAAGGGGUGAGAAGUUAUGGAUCUUACAGCCACCAAGGGAAUGUCAUUACACGUGUAAACAAUUGGAAGUGGUCGUACGAACUGGGGAAAUAAUUGUCUUGGACACCAAUCGAUGGUAUCACCAAACCAAAAUCGUAUCCGAGGACAUGAGUAUAACGAUAGGCGCCGAGUAUGAUUAAAUAAAAAGAGUAUGAUUAAAUAAAAAGAAAAAA